AUGCCCGCGAAAAGGCCCUCCCCCGCUCAGAAGGAAGACGCGAAGAAGGCAGCGAAGAGACAAUCCACGGACUUGGAGAAGCUGAACUCCGGUUCAAAAAUCACCAAAGAGGAGCUUUUACUCCUGAGGGUCCUCUGGGAUACCUCGGAGCCAGUGGAAAGCCUGGAACGCGCGUUGGAGCCAUAUCUCACGCAAGCCAGGGCGCUCCUGGGCCAAAAUGCUGAGUUCCUUGCCUUUCUCCAGGGCCUGCAGGCGGUAGCCGCAGGGGUUCCAGCCAAUCUGAUUGGAAUGGGGGCCUUUAUGGUUCCGUUCAAGCAGAUGGAGAAUGUGCUGCGCGUCUCCGGGUUAAAGGAGACCAAGCCAAACGCCAAUGAGGCUCGCCUCCGCGACUCCGUCAACGAGGAAGAGGUCAAUGUGGCGGCAAUCUCGCUGCUGACUGCCAUCGAGCCCGCCGUUUCUAUGCAGGAAUCGGCGGAGAUGGCCACGUAUACCCCUGUGUACAGGGAAUAUAUGCUCGGCCAGAGGGCCACUCUGAGCCCGACCGACUUCACGACCAUGCACCGGUAUGGCUGCUGGUCAAUGGAGCGGUCUGAGGAGGCACAGCGGUUCGUUGAGCUGGUACUGGCAAUUAUUUUGAGGGCGCGCGAGGAGGAGUCGUAA